CCUUCAUCUCCUUCAGAACAAGAGAAGAGGAAGCACAAGAUGAAGUGCCUGGUGCAGAACUCUAGUUCUUCCUUCAUAGAUGUGAAAUGGCUAGGAUGCUCUAAAAUCAUCACCAUCGUUAGCCAUACACAGAUGGUAGUUCUUUGCGUUGGCUGCUCCACUGUCCUCUGUGAGCCUGCAGGAGGCAAAGCAAGUUAUUCUAAAGGAUGCUCCUUUAGAAGGAAGCAGCACCCUGAAUCAAGAUUAAGGGGAAAACCAUCCCACUAA